CUCUACCUGUUCUUUUUAAGCAAGAACUGCAGAACAGGGAAACAAAGGAAGGGGAUAAGGUCCAUCUUACCUGUGAACUUAACAAACCAGAUCUGCCCGUGCAGUGGAUGAAGGGAAAUGUAGUUCUGGAAGCGGGUGACAAAUAUGAAUUCAAGCAGCGUGGUCCUGUGGCCGAGCUUGUCAUUCGGAAUGCUAAACCAUCGGAUGCGGGGGUGUAUAUUUGCAAAAGUGGAGAGCUAAAGACCUCUGCACAGGUAGAGGUGACAGCCGCACCCCUCCUUUUUAAGGAAGAGCUUAAGGAUGUGGAAAAGAAAGAGGGGGAGACAGUAGCUUUGCGCUGCGUCCUCGCCACGCCGGAGGUAACUGUGGCGUGGAGGAAAGGAACAACUCUCCUUCAGGCAUGCGAGAAGUAUGAGAUCAAGCAGGAAGGCCGUGUGGCUGAACUGCUGAUUCAUCACGCACAGCCAGAGGAUGCGGGAAAAUACAUUUGUGAUACGGGAGAGCAGCAGAGCACCGCUCAGAUCAAAGUCCACGCUAUGCCCAUCAGUUUUAAAGACACACUGAAGAACACAGAAGCCGUGGAAGGUGGAGUAGCUUAUCUCCGCUGUGAGCUAAAUAAACCUGCUCCAGUGGAGUGGAUGAAAGGACAGAAAGGUUUACGGCCCAGCAGCAAAUACCGAAUGAAGAAAGAAGGUGCCGUUGUUGAGUUGGCAAUCCAUGAUCUGGACCUAAAGGAUGCUGGAGAUUACACCUGCACCUCUGGAGAUCAAAAGACAACCGCAGUCUUAACUGUGAAUG